AGCCACACUUACUCUGCUGCCGCUAGGUUGUGUCAGUACAACUCUCUGGCGUCUUCUGCUGCCUGGGAUGUCAUUACAGAAGGAGCUAAAAACGGGAAGCUAGUUUAUGAAGCUUGCUAGUCAUAUUGAGUUAUUAUUUUGCAUGGAUAGGGGACACUUUACACGCCAAAAUAAAGUGUUUAGUUGGCUAAUGUUGUGCACUUUCUCCAGCUAGCUAUUAGCUAACGUUAGUGCCUAGGCGAUUAGAUAGCUAGCCAGUUAGCAGUAGAAAAUGUAUCUUUUGUAUACAAUUCUCGCUGCACUUUUGUCUUUCCUGGUAAUGAAAUGGAUGAAGCGCAGAAGGUAUUGCAUGGAUGUAAAAAGACUGGAUGGAAAAACUGUUCUUAUAACCGGAGGUAACUCUGGCAUCGGAAAAGAGACGGCUGUGGCUCUGGCCCUGCGAGGAGCCCGAGUCAUCAUCGCCUGCAGGGAUGAAGACCGAGCCAGGAAGGCUGUGCGGGAGAUCAAGAAUAGGAGCCACAACAUGAACGUGCUCUUCAUGGAGAUGGACCUGGCCAACAUGCGGUCCAUCCGAGAGUUCUGCAAGAACUUCCUGCAGAAGGAGAGGAGGCUGGAUAUUCUCAUCAAUAAUGCAGGUGUUCCCAGUGUCCUGGACUGGACCGAUGAUAAUUUUUCCAUGUGCUUUGGCGUAAAUCACCUGGGUCACUUUCUCCUGACCAAUCUUCUGCUGCCGCGACUUAAGGAGAGCACGCCGAGCCGUGUCAUCAACCUCACCUGCUCCAGCUACAAGUACCAGAGACUGAACUUCCAGGACCUUAACUACAACCUGUUCCCUUUCUUCACCUACUGCCGCAGCAAACUGGCAAAUAUCUACUUCACCCAGGAGCUGGCUCGCAUCAUGGAGGGCAAAGGCGUGACGGCCUACGCUGUACAUCCUGGUUAUGUGCAGAGUAACUGGACGUGCCACUAUUCGUUCCUGUACCAGCUGCUCAUGAAGGUGAUCAUGUUUAUGUUUUUCGUGCCGUGCGAGGCCGGGGCACAGACGGUUGUGCACUGUGCCGUAGCGGAUGAGGUCACGGCUCACAACGGGGGUUACUUCAGCGACUGCAGACCAGCCUCAUUAAAACCUUACGCCAAGGACAGUGGUGUGGCCAAAAAACUCUGGGAGGCUAGUGAGAGAUUGGUCAAACUUGCCUAAGAGCAACGUGAUUAUCUGUAUGUUGGAUUUUUUUUAAAUAAAUAGGAUUAUUUAUGAUGUAUGUGUGUAAUUUCACUUUUUUUCUUAAGUGUUCAACUACUGAUGUGACUCAUGUGAUGGCUGAUCUGCCUCUUGCUAAAAUAAACAGUUUAUUAAUGAGACA